ACCAGGAGCCCUGAAUAUCCACCUCAGCCGUCGUCACCAUGGAGGUCUGAAGUCCAUGUGGUUCCUCACGGUGAACCAGGUGUUAAGGAAGAUGCAGAGGCGGCACAGCAGCAACACAGACACCAUCCCRCCCGAAAGAAGCCGCAGCCAGGCGCUCAGCCCCGAGGCCAGCGUGGAUGAGGGCGGCGUGUUCGAGAGCCUGAAGGCCGAGCCGGCCUCGCCGCCCGCGCUCUUCUCGGGCCUGGCCAGCGGCCUCCCCGCCAGCCCCUUCCCCGCCAGCCUGGUGCUCGGGCCCGCAGCCGGCGGCGGCGACGUCUUCAUCCAGAUGCCCGCGUCCAGGGAGGAAGGCGGCAGUCGGGGCAGCGAGGGGGGCACCUACCACCACCGCCCRCCGCACCACCACUUCCACCAUGGAGGCCACCGCGGCGGCUCCCUGCUGCAGCACGUGGGCGGCGACCACCGCGGGCACCCCGAGGAAGGUGGCGAUGAGCAGCCMGGGACGCCGGCCCCUGCCCUGUCCGAGCUGAAGGCUGUGAUCUGCUGGCUGCAGAARGGGCUGCCCUUCAUCCUGAUCCUCCUGGCCAAGGUGUGCUUCCAGCAUAAGCUAGGCAUCGCCGUGUGCAUCGGGAUGGCCAGCACCUUCGCCUACGCCAACUCCACGCUGCGGGAACAGGUCUCUCUGAAGGAGAAGAGGUCAGUGCUGGUCAUCCUGUGGAUCUUGGCCUUCCUGGCAGGGAACACCCUGUGUGUGCUGUACACAUUCAGCUCCCAGCAGCUGUACAACAGCCUCAUCUUCCUGAAGCCCAACCUGGAGACGCUGGACUUCUUCGACCUGCUGUGGAUCGUGGGGAUCGCAGACUUUGUGCUGAAGUACAUCACCAUYGCCCUCAAGUGCCUCGUCGUGGCCCUGCCCAAGAUCAUCCUGGCGGUCAAGUCCAAGGGAAAGUUCUAUCUGGUUAUCGAGGAGCUGAGCCAGCUGUUCCGAUCGCUGGUCCCCAUCCAGCUGUGGUACAAAUACAUCAUGGGGGAYGACUCCUCCAACAGCUACUUCCUGGGAGGGGUCCUGAUCGUUCUCUACRGUGUCUGCAAGUCAUUUGAUAUCUGCGGCCGUGUGGGUGGAGUUAGGAAAGCCCUGAAGCUUCUCUGCACCUCCCAGAAUUAUGGGGUCCGAGCCACGGGGCAGCAGUGCACAGAAGCUGGUGACAUAUGUGCCAUCUGCCAGGCUGAGUUCCGAGAACCUCUGAUCCUCCUGUGCCAGCACGUGUUCUGUGAGGAGUGCCUCUGCCUGUGGCUGGACCGGGAGCGCACCUGUCCCCUCUGCCGCUCGGUCGCCGURGACACGCUGCGCUGCUGGAAGGACGGGGCCACCUCGGCGCACUUCCAGGUGUACUAGGGCCCAACGCGGAGGGCGUCCAGACGGAUGCCAAAGGGUCAGCGCUCCUGGGUCCAGCGCUGGGGGCU